AGAUAAGAGAACCAUGCCAUUGCCAAAUGUCACAUUUUUUGUAUGCACAGACCACACGUGACAGUGACACGUGUUUCUUUGUUUAUCUGAGUGUUCAACGAACGAAAAUGCUAGAGAGAGGUCCAACAAUGGAGAUCACCACCAUGUCCCAAGCCAUGCAACUCCACGCCCACAUACUUAAAUCGGGUUCGGGCACCCAAACCCGAUACCAUCAACAAACCGCCCUCUCCACCCUUUUCACCUUCUCGGCUCUCUCUCCCUCUGGAGACCUCGCCUAUGCCCGCCUCAUCCUCGACUCCCUCCCAACCCCAAACUCUUACUACUUCAACACCAUGAUCCGGUCCUAUUCCCGGAGCCCCGAGCCCGACCAAGCCAUCACCUUCUUCCUAUCCCUCCUCCAACACCCAACAGACCUCGCUCCAUGGCCCGAUAAGUUCACCUACCCGUUCAUCCUCAAGUCCUGCGCCCGUUUGAGAUUGACCCAUUUCGGGAAACAGCUUCAUGGACUGAUUUUCAAGUCGGGUUCGUGGUCGGAUCGGUAUAUCAAUCACUCUUUGAUCCAUAUGUAUUGUGUUUGUGGCGAGUCGGGUCUUGCACGCAUGGUGUUCGACGCAAUGAGUGAGAGAGAUGUGGUGUCGUGGACUUCGAUGAUUAAUGGGUUUGUGGACGACGAUAGGCCUCUUGAGGCGAUAAGCCUGUUUGAGAAAAUGAUGGAGGAAGGAGUUGAGGUCAAUGAUGCAACGGUUGUGUCGGUUAUGAGAGCUUGUGCUGACGCUGGGGGGUUAAGCGUGGGGAAGAGAGUUCAUGGGGUUGUAAUGGAGAAAAAGUUUGGUCUGAAGGCUAAUGUGAGUACUGCUCUCAUUGAUAUGUAUGCAAAAUGUGGGUGUAUAGAGCGUGCGAGGCAAGUUUUUGAUGAGAUUGUGGAGAAAGAUGUUUUCACUUGGACUGCUAUGAUAUCCGGCCUAGCCAGCCAUGGACAUUGUCAAGAAGCAAUCGACUUGUUUAAUCAGAUGCAAGAGUGUAGCAUAAAACCAGACGAGAGGACGAUGACCGCAGUUCUAUCAGCAUGUAGGAAUGCAGGUUGGUUUACAGAAGGAAAUGCAUAUUUGAAAAGCAUGAAGAAGAAAUAUGGAGUAAGGCCUACAAUUCAACACUAUGGCUGCAUUGUAGACCUUUUGGCUAGAGCUGGUCAAUUAGAAGAAGCUGAAGAACUUAUUAGGAAAAUGCCCAUGGAGCCCGAUAUAGUUCUGUGGAGAACCUUGAUAUGGGCUUGCAAAGUUCAUAAAGAUAUGAACAGGGCUGAGCGUUUGAUAAGACAUCUUGAGCACCUGAAAAUGGAUUCAAGAGACAGUGGAAGUCUUGUACUUAUUGGCAAUGUGUAUGGAUCGGUGGGAAAAUGGCAUGAUAAGGCAAGGACAAGAAAACUAAUGAGCAAGAAAGGACUUGUAAAGCCACCAGGGUCUAGUAAGAUCGAGGUUGAUGGGAAAAUUCAUGAAUUUGCAGUGGGGGAUUCAGGUCACCCAGAAGCAGAAAGAAUAUAUACAAAAUUGGAUGAGAUAGAAGAGCAACUUAGUAAAAAAGGGUAUCAGCCAAAAGUUUCAGAGGUGCUGCUUGAAAUUGAGGAUGAGGAAAAAGCUUUCCAGUUGAGUCACCACAGUGAGAAGCUUGCUUUUGCUUAUGGACUUAUUAAAAUAGGUGUGGAGUCUGAAAUACGAAUUGUUAAAAACUUGCGGUCUUGCGGGGAUUGCCAUGCUUUUAUGAAAGUAGUCUCAAAGACAUACCAAAGAGAGAUAAUAAUGAGAGAUCGUAUACGGUUCCACCAUUUUAGAAAUGGUGAGUGUUCUUGCAAAGAUCACUGGUGAUAUAUAGCCUAGAAAGAUUUCUUUUUGAUUGCUUGCAGCUCAAGUAGACUUCCAAGAGUGUAUGUAAAGGAAUAAGUAGGACAGAAGCCUAAAAUGAAAAGCUCAUUAUUUGUUUUAAUUUUCAA